AUGGAUGUCUUGCUGCUGCUCUCGCUGGCCCUCGUGGUCCUGAUCUCCUUCCUCGCCUACCGAGUCUACUUCCAUCCUCUCGCUCAUAUCCCCGGUCCUCCAUUGGCCAAGGUCACCUAUCUGUAUGAAUGGUACUACGAUCUGUAUCGAAGUGGCCAGUUCACCUUCCAGCUUCGGGCCCUACAUCGCAAAUAUGGCCCAGUCAUUCGCAUCAACCCCGAUGAAGUGCACAUCGAUGACCCCGAUUUCUUUGAUCAGGUCUUCAACCAAACCAAUGGUCGCGCAGAGAAGCCCCUGCGCGUCGCAGAAGCCUUUGGGCCGUAUCCUGCGACACUUGGUACUCAGUCGCAUGACCUACACCGUCUGCGACGUAGUGCCUUAAACCCAUUCUUUUCCAAGAAAUCUGUCACCGACCUUGUCCCAGCCAUGUGGCGUCCAAUUGAGAUUCUGCGAGAGCGUCUGCACCGCGCGGCUCAGACAGGUGAGAUGCUGAACAUGAAGUAUAUCUAUGCCGCGGUGACUCUCGAUAUCAUCAACGCCUACUGCUUUGCCCAUGAGCCGCACAACGUGCGCCAGCCCGAUUUCGGUCGCAAGGGAUUUGAUGAUGUGGAUAGCUUCCUGGAGGUCAGCUUGCUGAAUAUCCAUAUUCCAUGGUUGAUGCGCCUCACAUAUUCACUGCCGGACCGCGUCAACAAGAUCCUGGCCCCAGCAAUGGCGGACAUAUUGGAUUUCCGUCGGGAUUUGUCUCGGCAGGUGGAGGCCAUUCGGCAUGGUGAGGAUACAGCCUACGAGAAAGCCGGCCAUCGGACGGUCUUCCACGAGCUGCUGGCUAGCAAGCUCCCUGCGGUCGAGCUACAGAGGGACAGGUUGCGCGAUGAAGCCUUCAGCUUGGUGACGGCGGGUUCUGGGACUACAGCAUAUGUACUGCGUGGGACGGCCUAUCACAUUGCCGCCAACCCAGCAGUGCGACAACGGCUGCAUAACGAGCUCGUUGCCGCUAUCCCAGACCUUCAGCAAUUUCCCUCCCUGACGUCGCUCGAACAACUCCCCUAUCUGACAGCCGUAAUCCAGGAGGGUCUGCGACUAUGUGAUCCCGUUACCCAUCGCAUUAGCCGCCAAUUUCCCGACCAGCCGCUCCAAUGCCGCGGGAUCUUCAUUCCCGCGGACACUAUCGUUGGCAUGACCGCCAUGCUCACCCAUCUCAACGACACCAUCUUCCCGGAGCCUCGCGUCUUCCGGCCCGAGCGCUGGCUGGGACCCGACGGCAAGCGACUGGAACGAUACCUGGUGCCGUUCAACAGGGGCACACGCUCUUGUCUGGGUAUGAAUCUGGCGCGUGCGGAGCUGGUUCUGAUCCUAGCGGCCGUCUUCCGGCAGUUCGACUUCAAUGUGUCCGCUGUGCAACGCGGCCGUGACAUCGACGUGAGCCGGGACUACAUUUUGGGGGCGCAGGCUCGCGAUACGCCAGGCAUUCUAGUGACGGUGAAGGAGUGUUAG